UGGCCACCAGGGCACACUGCUGGCUCAUGUCCAGCCGGCUGUCAACCAAUACCCCCAGGUCCCUUUCCUCCUGGGCACUGUCCAGCCCCACCGUCCCCAGCCUGUAAAGUUGCAGGGGUUAUUGUGGCCAAAAUGCAGGACUCAGCAGUUGGACUAAUUAAACCUCAUCUUGUUAGACUCUGCUCAUCCCUCCAACUGUUCCAGGUCUCUCUGCGGAACCCUCCUACCUUUCAACAGAUUGACACAUGCUCUCAGCUUAGUGUCAUCUGCAAAUUUACUACUGGACGACUCAAUCCCCUCACUCAUGUGAGUGGCUUCCAUGAGGAAGCCACUCAAGUUGUAUCUGGUGUCUUUGCUUCCAUCAGUGUGAUGGUGGCUGUAUUUUCCUUUUACCAUGGGAAAAAAUGCUCAAUAGUACAUCACCAAAGCUGUGACGCUGUGAUUGUGGACUACUUCUGUUAAGCUGUACUUGCACUAAUGUGCAUUAGACACCUCCCAGGUAGGGCAAGUUUUUAAUGUGCACCAUGAGAACAGUGUCCUCUGAGGCAAUGUAACUCACGUGUUGGUGUAACCUAUUGUGUUUUACCUGUCUUACAUUGGGGUUUACAUCUAUAACUGAACUGGAAUUUUUUCUCUUUGUAUAAAAAGUAUCAGUGAUUCUUUUAAUAUGUUUUGAAGUGAUCUAAAUGCUAGAAAGAUGAACUAUUUUACAGUACUUAGGCUCAUUACCCACAAGUUCUUUGAGCAAGCUUGGGCUGACCAUGUGCUGACAUCAGACUGUUUUGCUGUUCCAGACAUUCACCAACACCUAUGCAACUGGUUUUGACCAUUCAGUGAAAACUGGGCAAUAUGCGCAAUUUUGUUGAUCAAUUGAAUAGUUAAACCUCAUUUUUCUUGGGCCAAGCUCUAUGAGGAGAAGCUGACAUGGUCCUAUUGAUUUUAGCUCGGAUAAGUGCUCUUGUCUGACUCUGACAUAAUGGCUAGAAGCAGGAAUUGUGUCUGCCUGUGGAAGAGCAGGAUAACACACACUUGUGUGUGUUUGUGAGUGUACAUUUAUGUGCAUACACAAACACACAUACUUAUAGUCACAGACAGACCUUUCCUAGAGGCUGAGACUCUUGAUGUGGUUCAGCCCAGAGCAUGUUCCAGAGGGUUUGCCAGCUCUGGCAUAUGACCAUGGAUAGAACUGUUCGUGCAUUGUCCUGGAUUUGUUAAAAGUGCCAGAGUGAUCCUAUUGUUUGAGUGGGAUCUUGAUGAGAUGGAAUUCUGAGUGAAUGAAGUGUGGUUUGAAGCAUGUAGCAUUUAGUUAUUACUUUUUUGCUCCCUGUGUCUGUUCAAUAUUUUAUGAAUGUUUGGCAGAGUCUUUGCACAGCCUCAUUAAGUGCCUUAUUGGGCUGCAAUGGCCAGGAGUGCUGUUAGCAGUUCCAGCAGGAGGUGUGGCCAUGUGUCCUGUACCUGCCAAGGAGCUGCUGGACUUGGGAAGAGCAAGGCAACCAAAUACUAGAACUCUCAUCAGAAAUGCGAAUUAAAUUCCACAGGCUUCUGUCACAGAUCAUCAGUAUCAGGAACUUACUUACAUGUGCUCUGUGCACCUUUUCAAACACUGCCAGAAGUGGACCUCUGCAGCUGUUGCCUGCAGCUGUUUAUGGUUUAGCUGUAAUUUUAUAGUUCUGUACACGCUGGAGAAACCAAGAUGGGUUAUUGACUGCAGGCAGGCUCUACAGCCAGAGGAGAGGACACUUUAUGCCACAGUGUAAAUAAGCCCACAAACCCAAACAUGGAAAAGUCAUUCUGUUGCUGACAGCUGAUUUGUGAUUUUUCUUGCCACAAUGAUUAGGUGCUGCUUGGAGCUGAUUUGCCAGAGGACUCCUGUAGUUGGAUCUUGCUGGAUUUUUUUGGGGUAGCUCCAUGUUCCCAUACUCCUCAACUUCCUGUGUUUGGGAGAGGGGAAUGAAUGUCCAGCUUCACCCUGCUCCUUCCUUGUCUUUCCUUUCCUUCUUCCCCUGACACAGAUUUCCAAAGAGAAAUAACUGGUUGCUGCUUUGUCUGUUGAAAACUCUUCUUAGUUUCUGACUUGAUGUUGUCCUAGAAAGAGAUCAAUUGUGACGAUGUAGAGUGAUGCCGAGUUCCCCGGCAGUGCAAAGGAGCCCUGCUUUAUUGCAAAAACCAGGCCUUUCUAAGCAGUUAACUGGUUAUCAGUUUACCUAGUUUUAAGGCACAACAAGCCCACGUCAACCAACCACCAGCAGCGCGGUGUGGACAUGUGGCAGUCACGCAGCACAGCUCUCAUGUCGCUUCACAUCUCUCUACCCCUAUUCCAGCUGUGUCACUCUCCCAUUGUUCCCUUCUACUUAGUCUAAGUAGCAGACCUGAGCCAUUGUUUUACAAGGGUAACAAGGCCCUUAUUUUGUAAGACUUUACCUUAUUUCAUAAGACUUCAUGAUUGUGUAACAAUCGAUGAAAGCAAAAUCCUGCUAGUGAAACCUGAUAGAGCAUGAUGUUCAGUACAUACAAGUACUGCUCAAGGGGGAAGCAUCUGAAAUUUAGAAAUUAUGGGGGGAUUAAGUAAGCAUAUGAUAAUUCAGUGUUGGUUGUGGGGACAUAAAGGUCUAAUAGCUCAGCAUUUGUAGUGUUGGGGUUCAGUAGAAAAACCAUUAGGUAACCAACAGCAAAUACUUGUCAAAGGGUCCUUCUGAGGUCUGCUCAGUGUUUGGAUCAUGGAUACAAUGGUUUAAGUGUCGAGAUCACACAAUGUCCAUGCAUUUUCUGUCAAUACCCUGCCCUUUUGGCAGCCCCUUUGAGAUCAUAGUGAUUUCUGAUAUGAGGACUCAAUUGCACCAACGUCACACAAAUACCUUCCCAAACCUGUGCUGGUAACAGUCUUGUGUGAGUAUUUCUUAUAACCAGGUAUCUGCUCACACCCAUGGAGUCCUUCACACGAGUGGGAAUUUUUAUAGUGGGAGGCAUGUGGCCCUCCUGGUUCUGCAGCAUUUCCCGCUACUGCCUCAGCUGAUGGGUGUCAAAAUCAUGGGUUAUAUGUGGGACAAUAGGCAGGUGAAAAGGAGAAAAUGUUUUUUUUCCUGUUCUGGACCAAGCACAGAUGGGAAUGCCCUCUUGGAGCUUCCUGGUGAAGAGGGACAGGAAUAAGAACUGAGGGCAUUUUGUUUGCAGGACCCCAACAAGGCAGUAGAGGGGGAUGAGAAGUGAGAAUUUCAAGACCUUCAAACGCUAAGUCUUCUUCUAGAUAGACUAGGUUUUCCCUUUAUGUCCAUGUGACAUCCAGGACAACUUGUGUGCAGGUGCUCACAUGGAAAAAGUUUUCAGUCUCCAAGCUGGUAACUGCCAUCACGCACAUUUUGUGACACAUGCAUGUCUUCUCUGUCUGCUUGUGCAACUGUUUAUCAGGAUGGUUGGGGGCUGAGAUAAGGACUUUUAAGUCCCCAUGAAAGUAAGUAACUCAGUAACAUAAACUGUUGUUGAUAGCAUGGGCAUGGUGCUGCCUCUCCCUGCAUCCUUAUGUUUUGUAUGUAAGUCCAGCCCUUGAGAAAGCAAGAGCUCCUCAGGGAGCCCUCCUCAGAGGGCUGAUUGUCACAUUCAGCUCAGAGAAUUCACCCUGAAAUGGCUAUUUUUUUACUUUAUGAAUGGAGAAAGUUUGCUUCAUGGAGAGAGGACUAUCAAGUCUACUCCACUGAGAAAACCAUAUAAAUAAGAUUUUAUUUUUAAUCCCUCACCAUCUUAAAGUACCAAGUUGAUACUUUUCCACUAAACUCAUAGUAGUACUUGACUUGGAAGCAUAGAAUCAUCUCUUAAAAUGUGUUGUGUACCCGCAAGGACUGAAAUAUCUUGCCUAGAAAAAAACAGAUAUAGCUUUUAGAGAAGGACUUUUCUGUAGGUUGGCUGAUUAUUGCUUUGUGCUGCUUGACUGUGAUUUUUGGCACACAGUGUCACAUACCAAAUUCCCGAAAUAAAAUGCUACAUGAUAUUCUAAGAGUUCUUAGGAAGCUUUAAAAAGGGAUUCGUCUGCUGAGUGGGUACCUCUUCUGAAGCCAAAUGAUGCAGCAGCAAUGGUUUAAAAGGAGAAAACUUUAGUCAGCAGAUAAUUAGUCUUUUUAAAUAAGUGCGAAGAAGAAAAAAAAAACCUUCCAUCAGACUUGUGUUUGUAGAAGUUGUCAGCAAUCCUGCUUUGAUUGGAGAGGGUAUGCAGCUCUUUGAAUAGUUAAAACAUCUGUUCGGGGACAUUGUGAAAUGCUCGUGUUCGCAACCCCUGAUAAGGGGAACUGCUGAGCGCUUGGCUCUUAGAGGCUCUACAGGCAGCGGGGGCUGCACAAACUGUGGCCACUUCUUGCCUUUCCUCCUCCUGGGCAGAGCAAAACAUAGGAGACAGCUACUAUUUUACAUGUGAUUUUGCUUUGAGAGGGAGAGAGCAGGAAGUGCCUAGGAAUGGUUCAUGACUGAAACCAGGAGUUUUAAAUAGGAGAGAAGAGGAGGAGGAGGAGAGCUCAUGGGCACAGUUUGUGAACAGUUGAAACACUGACACAACAGCAGCCGGGGAAAACCAGACUUCUGAGAGAGCAAGCACCUCCCAGGCUAUCCUGAUGGAAGGAGAGACAGUCCCUGAGGCCAGGGGAGCAGCCAGCAAAGCCACUCGGAUUGCCCUCGGUGUCUUUGUGAGUGGCACGGUUGUGCUUGGCACCGCGCUUUUCUUGGUUAGCCAAGGUCUUAUAAAGUUUCAUCCGAAGCAACAGUACUGUUUGACUGCAGAAUGCAUUGAAGCUGCUGCUGGCAUCCUGAGCAAGAUAAAUCAAUCUGUAGAUCCAUGUGAGAACUUCUAUAGAUUUGCAUGUGAUGGCUGGAUAUAUAAUAACCCCAUUCCUGAAGAUAUGUCCAACUAUGGUGUUUAUCCCUGGCUGCGACACAAUGUGGACCUCAAACUAAAGGCAUUGCUAGAGAAACCCAUCAGCAAAAGACGAGACAGUGAAGCUGUACAGAAGGCCAAGAUCCUUUAUGCAUCCUGCAUGAAUGAGGAUAAAAUUGAAAAAGCCGAUGUGAAACCCCUGUUAAGUAUCCUGAAGCAUUCACCUUUCCGCUGGCCUGUGCUGGAAUCCAAUAUUGGACCUGAAGGACUGUGGUCAGAGAGGAAGUUCAGCUUGGUCCAAGCCUUGGCAACUCUUCGUGGCCAAUACAGCAGCUCUGUCUUCAUCCGUUUGUAUGUGGCUGCUGAUGACAAAAUCUCCCACCGCUAUAUCCUGAAGCUUGAUCAAGCAAGCCUCUCUCUGGCAUCUCGAGAGGAUUAUCUAGAAAAUACCACAGAAGCCAAAUCUUACCGAGAUGCCUUUUUGAAGUUCAUGGUUGAUACAGCAGUGCUUCUGGGUGCAAAUGCCUCCCGAGCCGAAUCUGAUAUGAAAUCAGUUCUAAAACUGGAAGUUAAAAUAGCAGAGAUCAUGAUUCCAUAUGAAAAUCGAACAAGUGAGGUGAUGUACAAUAAAAUGAACAUAUCGGAGCUUAGUGCCAUGAUUCCACAGUUUGACUGGCUGGGAUACAUCAAGAAGGUGAUUGACACCAAACUCUAUCCUGAGCUUAAAGAUAUAGGUCCUUCAGAAAAUGUGAUUGUCCGUGUUCCCCAGUACUUCAAAGAUUUAUUCAGGAUACUAGAAAAUGAAAGGAAAAAGACUCUUGCCAAUUACCUGGUAUGGAGGAUGGUUUAUUCAAGGUUAUUUAACCUCAGCAGACGUUUUCAGUAUCGAUGGCUGGAAUUUGCUCGGGUGAUCCAUGGGACUACAACUUUGCUGCCUCAGUGGGAUAAAUGUGUGGACCUUGUAGAAAAUGCCCUCCCCUAUGUUGUGGGUAAGAUGUUUGUGAAAGCCCAUUUUCAAGAAGACAAGAAAGAGAUGAUGGAGGAAUUGACUGAAGGAAUUCGCUGGGCUUUUAUUGACAUGUUAGAAAAGGAGAACGACUGGAUGGACACUGAAACAAAAAGGAAAGCCCAUGAGAAGGCAAAAGCAGUUAUGGCGAAAGUUGGUUACCCCCAGUUUAUAAUGAAUGACACAUAUAUUAAUGAAGACAUCAAAACACUGAAGUUUACAGAAAGUGAUUUUUUUGGCAAUGUAUUGCAAACUCGCAAAUACGCAGCCCAAUCUGAUUUCUACUGGCUUAGAAAAGAAGUUCCAAAAACAGAGUGGUUUACAAGCCCAACAACUGUAAAUGCUUUUUAUAGUGCAUCUACCAACCAGAUCAGAUUCCCAGCAGGAGAACUUCAAAAGCCUUUCUUUUGGGGAGCAGAGUAUCCUAGGUCAUUAAGUUAUGGUGCCAUAGGAGUGAUUGUUGGCCAUGAGUUUACUCAUGGAUUUGAUAGCAAUGGUCGGAAAUAUGACAAAAAUGGAAAUUUAGACCCUUGGUGGACGACUGACUCUGAAGAAAAAUUUAAAGAGAAAACAAAAUGCAUGAUUAAUCAAUACAACAAUUACUAUUGGAAGCAAGCAGGCUCACAUGUGAAAGGGAAGAGAACUUUGGCAGAAAACAUUGCAGAUAAUGGAGGUUUGCGAGAAGCUUUCAGGGCAUACAGGAAAUGGAUAACAGAAAAAAGGGGAGGAGAAGAAGAGCCUUUACUGCCAGGCCUUGAGUUCACACAUAACCAGCUUUUCUUUCUGAGUUAUGCUCAUGUAAGAUGCAACUCCUUUAGACCAGAAUCUGCGAGGGAGCAAAUAUAUACCGGAGCUCACAGCCCUCCUCAGUUCAGAGUAAUCGGAGCCAUGAGCAACUUUGAAGAGUUCCGUAAAGCGUUCAAUUGCGCCGCGAACACGACGAUGAACCGCGGGGCAGAGUCCUGCCGGCUGUGGUAGCUGUCCCUUCCAGCUCUUCCCUCAGGGGGAGGCUGCAAUCUGAACUGCUCAAGCCCAUUGCCAGGGUUUCAGAAUGAUGGUCUGAAACAUGGAGAGGUGUUACUCCAAAUGCAUCUUCCUCAUCCGUGCUGAUGAGCUGCAUGGAUCUGAUCAUUCCUUGUUUAGAACCUAGAAAUAUUCCAAAUAGAAGAGCUUUUCUUUAAGUAUAAUAAUAAAAAGUAACUUCUUUUAACCAUAAAAACUACUCCGGCUCAUCUGCAGUUGCACUGCUGUUGAUGGAUAACUGCCAUUAUCAAUUCUAAUUCCUGAUUUAUAGUUGAGCAAGACGUAAAUGCUAAAAUCCAGUUUUAAUCUAUUGCUCUGCAGGGGUUCUAUGCAGAAUGCUCCCACAGGAAAAUUUAUUCUUUCUGGAUGAAGAAAUUCACGAGACCUGCUAUAAAGCCAGCUCUGAUCUGCUGUGUGAUACUGCAUUUUCAUAACUUAAGCUGUCACAGCCCAGCAUGCCAUAAAUGAUGUUGCAUGAUGUAAAGACACAAGACUUUAUAUAAGUUCAGUUUAAUAUGUCAGAUUAGUGCCUCUGGUUUUGGAACAGUUUCAAGCUGAGAAAGUACCUCAUAGUAUUAAUCUGUAGGAUUAAAACAUAAAGGAUACUUGUCAGAUUGUGGCCUCUUCUAAUUUUAGAACAGCUUAUGAUAAAAAUCAAUGUAUGGUGAAAAUCAGAGGCUCUCAGAAGGGAUUCCCAGCACCAUGAUACUCAUAAAUAUUGCAGCAUUUUUUCUGGUUUACAGUGUAGGCAGGUUUUUUUUUUUUUUUUUUUCCCAGGGAAUGGUUUUUACCUUGUGCUGAAGAUAGCUUCAUCUACAUUUAUUUUUUUAAGCCAGAAAUACUAUACCAGUUUUAAAUUAUGGAUUUGAUAGUUUUUGGAUCUUACAUGGCAUUUUAAGUAGUGUGUGUGUUUGCCCUCAUUUUCUGGAUGGGGCAGGAUGACUUUUGAUUUUAAGGUAAGAGUUUGUGACAGAAAAACAGAGUACCAGCAUCAUUUGACUUGUCUGGGUAAAAAGAGCAACUGAGGAGUAGAGGACUUAAAAAUAUAGUAAAAAUACAGACCAGUUGAGUUUUUAAUUUGAUUUUUAAGAGUAUUAAUGAAAAGAUAUUUUCUUACAGCAGAAAAA